AUGCUCUCCUCGAAUUCAGCAGUAGCACAAGAGCCUUCUCCAUCCUCUCUGUAUCGGAAUACUCAACAUCCGAUCAUGGUGGCCACGAAGAGUGUUUCACCGGUGGAGCAAUUUUUGAGAUCGGAACCUGGAAGAGUUACUGAAUUUUAUACGAAUAUGUGCUUUGAUCUUUUUGUAGAUUCAGAUACAUUGGGUUGGUUGGUUCUUAACCAAAAGUAUUUGAAGGUUGUUGAAGGAGAGAAUGAAAAGACCAUUAAAAACGAAUCUGACAUUGUUCAGGCCUUGUCAAGUGGUGCAAAGACUGAGAUGGUUUCCGUAAACGUCAUUGAUGGCCAAUUUAUUUCCGACAUCAAAUCCAUGUUAGAAGUUGUCGAGACACUCAUCAAAACGAAACGUAUCAAGACUCUCUUGAUUGCAUCCGCAAAAAGUGUAUUUUGUGCAGGUGCAGACAUUAAUAUGAUGUAUCCCAACUUGGACGAGAAACUUGCAGAAAAGGCAGCCAAACAUGGUCAAGAUGCAAUGGAUCGUGUGGCAAGUCUCACUGUUCCAACCAUUUCAUGCAUUCACGGUCCAGCAUUGGGUGGUGGUUUUGAGGUAUGUCUUGCCACUUCGUAUCGAUUGGCCAGUGAACACAAAAGUACCACGAUUGGUUUACCAGAAGUCAUGCUGGGCGUCAUUCCAGGAGCAGGUGGUACAGUAAGAUUUGGAAAAUUGGUUGGCUUACAAAAGAGUUUGGAAAUGAUUUUACCUGGUAAGACACUUUCAGCCGCACGUGCCAAGAAAGCAGGCCUUAUCACUGCAACCUAUCCAUACGAAGAUCGUUUUAAUGGAGAAUUUAGAUUUUUGGCAGCUGUGAGAAAUUAUGCUGGAGCUAAGGCAGUUGACAAGAAUCCACCAAUUGCUAAAUAUGAGCCACAAACUUUGAGAGACAAAUUACUCGAGGGAAAUCCAAUCGGAAGAAAAUUUGUUGCUCAAAUGGCACUCAAAAAUCUCGACAAGACUACACGUGGCAAGUAUCCUGCACCCUAUGCUGCUCUGCAAUCUGUUUUUAAUGCUACCAAGCCAGGAAUGUCCAAUGGUCGCGCUCUAUUAAUGGAAAGACAAUUAUUUGGAAAGAUGGCUGUCACUGCUGAAUCAAAGAACCUAAUGUCUGUCUUCUUUAUGCGUGAAAAUGCUAAAAAUUGGAAGAGAAAAUUCCCCAAGUUGGGCAAAUUGAAACCAGUUCGUAAGGUGACCUAUGAUCCAACCAUGGUUAAACAACCUGGCUCGGUUGCACCUUCUCUUGCUGUCAUUGGAGCUGGAGUCAUGGGAAGCGAUAUCAAACCUGAAUUUGUCAAGAAUGGUAUGAAUAUUGUUGAGAGAAUUUUCAUGGAUGACUAUGUCAAGAAGAAUAGAAUGUCCAGAGAGGAGGCACUCUUCCGAAUUAAGCUUGUUUCUGGUGGUGUUGAAUAUCCAACACAAGCAUCAGGCAAUGGCAACAUUCAAGUCGUGAUUGAGGCUGCUGUUGAGAAUAUGGCUCUCAAGAAGAAGAUUCUUCAAGAAUGUGAAAAUACGUUUGCUAGCUCGAAUAGUGACGUUAUUUUUGCUACCAAUACAUCCACACUCUCCAUUAAUGAGCUGGCCAGUGUCUCAAAACGCCCUGAUCUCGUAGUAGGUAUGCACUUUUUCAAUCCUGUUCACAAGAUGCCUCUUGUUGAAAUUAUUCGAGGCAAAAAGACGUCUGAUGAAACUGUGGCAACCAUAUACAAAUUGGCAUUGGAUUUGGGUAAAAUCCCAAUUGUGUGUCAUGAUGGCCCUGGAUUUAUUGUGAAUCGAAUUUUGGGAAUUUACAUGACCGAAGCAGGACGCUUAAUCAAUGACGGAGGAGAAAUUCAACAAAUCGACAAGGUCAUGGUUGAACAAUUUGGAAUGCCAAUGGGUCCAUUCAGAUUAUUAGACGAAGUUGGUACCGAUGUUGCCUAUCACUCUGGAGAGACAUUGAAAGUCUUGGGCACACGUUUCACAGAAGCUGCCACAGGAAGUUCUCUUUUCGAUAUCAAAAAAUUAGUGGAUGCUAAAUUAUUAGGUAAAAAAGUUGGAAAGGGAAUCUUUGUGUAUGGAGAGGAAGCGAAAAAGCUUAAAAAGGGUGAAAUCAAUCCAGACUUGUUGCAAAUCUUCCCAGGCUAUGAUCCAAAGCUUCGUCGCAAGUUUGCACCUGAGGACAUUAUUGAUCGAUGUGUAUUGUUGAUGGUCAAUGAGGCAUGCAUGAUUUUGGAGGAAGGCGUUGCUGAGCAUCCACAAGAUGUUGACGUGGGAAUGAUCUUUGGAACUGGUUUUGCUCCAUUCCGUGGAGGAUUAUUACAGUAUGCAGAUUCUAAGGGUGCUAAAUGGAUUGUGAAGAGAUUGAAGGAUUUGGAUGAAAGAUAUGGAGCUAAUGGAACUCGAUUCAAGCCAAGCCCGCUUCUUGUGAGAAUGGCUGAGAGGGGAGAACGGUUCUAUCCAGAUAGACCUGUGGUGACCUUUGUUGAAAGAAAUGUUCCUCCAAGACCCAAAUUGUAA